AUCCAUUUGAAACGAAAAGGGCAUUACAGUGUAGCAAAGGGGUACUCGCAUUGCCCCCACCUUCAUUCUUUGACGCGCCUCUGCACUUUGUUUAGUGUUUGGUAAAUCUAUCGGUUCUUUUCCACAUUACGCCGUCUGGGUCUACGACAAAAGUUUUGAUUUAAAGAUUUGUAAGAUUUUGCCGGAACCUAACACCAUAACUCGUACGGAGUACUAACAAAAUUUCAAUUUUUGUUUGGAAUUUGAAUGCAGACGGAGCCCCUCAAAUUACGCGUUACCUCGUUUCUUCUUGUUCUUGCUUUCUGUGCAUCACGUGUCCAAAUUUAUCUUCUUCACCUUAAACCCCAAUGUCUCUCUCUUUGGGUCUCGUUCUUGCCUAUUUUUGAAGCAAAUCUGCAGCCGCUGGGCUUAGUAGACGAACGGGGUUGACGGUUUGGUCCCAAAAUUUGACCUCUGUUCCCUUUUUUGCUGUUUUUCUUGUAAUACCCAUGGCCGAAAGUAUCUGUUUCUUCAACCAGGAUACUCUGAUUCUAAAACCUCCCAAGAAAUCUCCUCUGUUGUUGAGGAUGGCAGUGUUGAUGUUUGCAAUGGUCUGUAGUGUUUCCAUAUGUUCAAUCUGUGUGAAGCAGUUGAACACUCACACCAAGGCCAGAUUCCUGAGGGUUCAAAUCGCUGACUAUCCUGAAAAAAGUAUUAGACUAACAAAAGUUCCUCGUGAGCAUUAUCCAAGACCCAAAACUUUUAGCAGGGCUGAAUGCUUCGACAAUCCAGUAAGAUUCUUUGCAAUCGUGUCGAUGCAGCGGUCAGGAAGUGGCUGGUUUGAGAGUCUUCUCAACAGUCAUGUUAAUGUCUCCUCUAAUGGUGAGGUGUUUUCUGUUUUGGAUCGGCGAAAAAAUAUUACCUCAAUUGUACAGACUCUGGAUAGGAUUUACAAUUUGGACUGGCUCAGUAGUGCUUCUAAGAACCAUUGCUCUGCUGCAGUUGGCUUCAAAUGGAUGCUUAAUCAGGGAUUGAUGCAGCAUCAUGAAGAAAUAGCAGACUACUUCAACCAGAGAGGUGUUUCUACGAUUUUUAUCUUCCGAAGAAACCUACUACGUCGUAUUGUUUCGGUUCUUGCAAAUUCCUAUGAUCGUUAUGCUAAGAUGUUGAAUGGAACCCACAAAUCACAUGUGCAUUCUCUAGAAGAGGCCGAUGCACUUUCGAAGUACAAGCCUGUCAUAAAUUCGACAUCGUUGGUCUCUGAUCUGGAGGGAAUGGAGUCAACAAUUUCUAAGGCCUUGGAGUACUUUGGUAACACAAGGCACAUCAUUGUGUACUACGAGGACCUAAUCAAUAAUCGAACGAGACUGAAAGAUGUACAAGAGUUUCUUAAUCUGCCACAAAUGGAACUAAGAAGCCGCCAAGUGAAGAUACACACAGGACAAUUGUCUGAUUACAUCAAGAACUGGGACGAUGUUAAGGUGAUUCUGAACGGAACUGCUUACGAGCAUCUUCUUCACGCAGAUUACUGAGCUAUAUAUCGUUUUUUGCUCGACUUUUGAGAUGGUUGGAAAGGGUAAUGCCUUGCCAGUUCUUCCCAAAACAAAGAAGCUUAACCAGUUUGGACUGUGUUUGCCUGAUGUUCAUUGGAGUGUUACGAAUGUUUCUUCCCUCUCAAUCAGCCUUCAUUGAUUGAGGACCAACCCUUUUUGGUUUAUAGUCUGUUUGACCAAACUGAAUUGUAAAUGUUAGCUAACUGUUGUGAUAGUGUUAUUGUCUCAUUCAAUCUGCAAAAGUAUGAGCUUUUCUGACAAAGGGGCAUGUAAACAAACUGAGGAUGUUUUCUUGAACAAAAAUUUAAUCAAAACAAGAGAAACUUCAGU